AUGCCGUUUGCUUCUUUUAAGAAUAUUCAGAAGCGUAAUGCUCGUUUACACAAGGAGAGGUCUCAGCCGGCUGCAAGGGCCAAGUUCGGACCUCUUCCAAAAAAGAAGGAUUUUAUUCUUCGAUCAAGAGAUGAGGAGGCGAAGAGGAACCGCAUACGCGAGUUAAAGAGGAAGGCGCUGACGAAAAAUGAGGACGAAUUUUACUUUGCUAUGCAUAACACUGCUCAUUCGGUAAAGCUUUUGUUUAUCCUAAUACCAAUAAAUCAGGAAGAAAAGGGUCACAUUCUGCUAAACAAUACGAAGGAAUACAGUGACUCAGAACUAGUAGAUAUGCUUUCUUGCGAUAUUCUUUACCUUCAAAGAGAACUCACCAUAGAGAUGUCAAAGAUUCGAGAACUUGAAUCACGUUUUAAUCUCCUCCCCGCUGAUCCCUCGGUAGCUAGUAGGCGUCUGAAGCCAAAGCGAACUGUUUUUGUGGAGUCGAUCGAAGAGGCUCGUGCUGUGCGGUCCUCUUUUGAUCCUUCAGCCGUCUCAAUCCAAAUCCCCGGUAGUGUGCCCGCAUCGGAUGCAGAUGCACUAAUGGAUUUGCAGGCUGCUGGUUAUAAGGAACUUUCAAAACGCUUGACUCGAGCGGAAAAGCUGAAACUUGCCAUUGCGAAGCGUGAGGCUAAGGCCACACUGAUGAGAAGCGCUAAUGUGAAAUACAAGGUUAUUCGAAAAGGUAAUAGGAAUCAUGCCCCUGUGUACAAAUUCGAGCAAAGGCGGUAUAAAUAA